AGCCCCCGCCUCUAUCCUCCGCACGAGACUACUCCCAACCCAGUCCUCCAAGGUAAUUUUCUCCAACCUCGGUCUCCAGCAAAAUAUCUCAAGCAUGGGUCAUGGACAUGACCUCAUCCAUGAUCGGACUUGUAUUGACCAAAAUGCUGCCAUAGAUCCUCCCGAUGGCGCCCGUUCAACAAGCCCGGAAGCAGAGCUCGCUGCCAGCAGGAUAUAAAGAGGAUCACGCAAAGGGCGCAAUGUUACGGUUCGAAGACUCGUUGCCUCGGCUCCCAGUGCCAACCCUCGAGGAGACUGCCAAGCGCUACCUCAAGUCCGUUCACCCGCUGCUCUCCCAGUCCGAAUUCGAGAGUACUACAAAGGCCGUGAAAGAGUUCGUUGCACCUGGGGGACCAGGCGAGACCCUCCAGAAGCGCCUCGUCGCACGGAGAGAACAGCCAGAGGUCCGCAACUGGAUUGCGGAGUGGUGGAAUGACGCUGCGUAUAUGGCCUACCGCGACCCCGUGGUUCCCUAUGUCAGCUACUUCUACUCCCAUCGCGACGAUCGGAAGAGGAGGAAUCCCGCUAAGCGUGCCGCUGCCAUCACAACCGCUGUCCUCGAGUUCAAAAAGGCAGUCGAUCAGGGAACACUCGAGCCAGAGUACAUGAAGAAGCUCCCCAUGGCCAUGAGCUCGUACGAGUACAUGUUCAACUGCAGCCGCGUUCCAAAGAAGCCUGCAGACACUACCGUCAAGUUUCCCCACAAGGAAAACGCGCACAUCAUCGUGAUAAGGAAGAAUCAGUUCUGGAAAGUGCCACAUGAGGUCGGGGGUAAGCAACUCAAUACUAGCGAGCUUGAAUUACAAUUCAACCGCAUCUACGAGAAGGCCGAAAAGAGCACAGGUGUCGGGUUGUUAACAUCCCAGAACCGUGACGUGUGGGCCGAAGUCUAUCCCCGGCUGAAGGCUGCCUCUGAGGUCAAUGCUGCGUCAGUUGAUGCGAUCGAAUCCGCAUCCUUCGUCGUAUGUCUCGAUGAUGCAUCGCCCGUUACUCUCGAAGAGCGUGCUCACCAGUAUUGGCAUGGUGAUGGAUCAAAUCGCUGGUUCGACAAGCCUCUGCAAUUCAUCAUCAAUGACAAUGGAACCUCGGGCUUCAUGGGCGAGCACUCCAUGAUGGACGGUACGCCUACUCAUCGCCUCAACGAUGAGGCCAGCAAGAUGAUCUUCACCAAUGCGCUCCCGUUUGACGAUCCUAACGUCCGCUCCGACCUACCCAACCCAACUCCAUUGCGCUUCAACAUCACACCAGAACUGCAAAAGGACAUUGGUGAUGCGCAAGCUCAUUUCAGUCGCCAAAUCGGUGCCCAUGAACUUCGGGUCCAAGCUUACCAAGGUUAUGGCAAGGGUUUGAUCAAGAAGUUCAAGUGCUCGCCAGAUGCGUACGUUCAGAUGAUCAUACAAUUGGCAUACCACAAGUUCUAUGGCAAGAACCGCCCAACAUACGAAUCCGCCGCCACUCGUCGCUUCCAGCAGGGCCGCACAGAGACGUGCCGAACCGUCUCCGACGAGUCUGUAGCCUUCUGCAAUGCCAUGGCUGACCAUGACACUCCCCCUGAGAAGGCUCAAGAACUUCUUCGUAGCGCGCUAAAUGCGCACGUUAAAUAUAUUUCUGACGCAUCCGAUGGUCGUGGCGUAGACCGACAUCUUUUCGGUCUUAAGAAAUGCCUAAAGGAGGGUGAACCGGUGCCUGCACUAUACCAGGACCCUGCAUACAGCUACAGCUCGACCUGGUUCAUCAGUAGCUCGCAACUGAGCUCCGAGUACUUCAAUGGCUAUGGAUGGAGCCAAGUGGUCGACGAUGGCUGGGGAAUCGCGUACAUGAUCAAUGAGAACAGCAUCCAGUUCAAUGUAUGCUCCAAAGGAUUGGGUUCGGAAAAGAUGAGCUUUUAUCUCAACGAGGCUGCAGGAGAUAUGAGAGACCUGAUGCUCCCCACCCUCGAAGCACCGAAAGCCAAGAUAUAGGUUGUGUCGUCUGUAAGAAGGUAAAGAUACCGUCUUCGAACGUUUUGUAUAUAUAAGUAUCCUGCACGAAGCGAAACCGCAUCGCACACGUGCCAACAUGUUUAUAUUGUUACAUUUCACAGUGUCACAAGAUAGCAUUGUACGUUCUGUUUUCAGCAGAAUUUAAGUAGAUCGAAAUAGAAUCUAUCUGUCGCCUCUGACUCCCCUACGCAAAUCUCGCCUUGAAGCUCACUAAAUAUGGAGUGGAUUCUGUUGAU